AUGGGCAAACGACUUUGCCACGUAUCGAUGAUAGAAUUAUUAGUUAUUUUAACAGAUUCACAAGCAAACAAACAAAUUGCAUUUUUAUUUCUUGACAUUCUUUUUUUCAUGUUAUUUCAUUCUAUGGUGUCUCUGUAUAAUAUGGACUCGAAUAACGAGUUAUCGCCCUUCAAUACAUCUCAUUAUCCUCAUCAUCAUGUACCCUAUCAUCAUCCUGGAAAUAUUUAUGACCCUUCAGUACAAAAUCCAUCAACAGCACAACAACAACAACAACAGCAGCAGCAGCAGCAGCAACAACUAUUACUACAACAAGCACCACCGGCCAAUUGGAUGAUGAAUCCGCAUCAUUCUCAUUCACAUUUAAUGAUGCAACAUCAUCUACAAAUUCCACCAUCUCAAUAUUCCAAUGGAAUGAAUGGACCGAAUUCAAAUUCAUCUAAAGAUGACCCAUCAUCACCAAUGUCAUCAUCUCCUGGAGGUACAACACCGCCAACAUCAUCAUCAGCAUUAACACCUAAUUCUAUGUCAACAAAUCAUCAUCACCACCAUCAUCAUCAUCAAUCAUCGAAGAAAUCUCUUGAUGAUCGUGUUAAACGACCAAUGAAUGCAUUUAUGGUAUGGUCACGAGGACAACGACGUAAAAUGGCACAAGAAAAUCCGAAGAUGCAUAAUUCUGAAAUAAGUAAAUGUUUAGGUGCUGAAUGGAAAAAUUUAAAUGAAGAUGAUAAACGACCAUUUAUCGAUGAAGCUAAACGUUUACGUGCGAUUCAUAUGAAAGAACAUCCAGAUUAUAAGUAUCGACCGAGACGUAAAACAAAAAAUCUACAACCAGCAGCACCAAUAUCAAAUAAUCAUAAUUCAUCAUCAAUGAAUAAUCACCAUUCGCAACAGAAAAAAGACAAAUCAAAUCAUCUUCAUCAUCCUCAACAUCAUUUAAAUUCAUCAACAUCAAACCUAUCACAAGUACCACAAUCAUUACCACCACCACCACCACGUGGUACAAGUUGGGGUUUACCAUCAAACGUAAUUGCAUCAACAUCAUCGUCAUCACCAUAUUUAAAUGAUUGCAAUCCACCCUAUUCAAUGGGAGAUCCAAAUGCACUUUAUUCACAUUCAUUUCCACCACCGCCUAUGUAUCAUUAUGGUCCACCAGCAAGUACAAGUCCUCAAACUCCACCACCACCUAUUCAAUAUGGUUAUGGUGGUAAUCACCCAUAUUCAUAUAUGAAACCAGAACCUAUAUCAUCUCAGCAACAUUUUUAUCCACCGCUUGCACCAAUUUCACAUCAAGAUUAUUCUCCACCGGAUCCAUCAUCACCUGAACAGCAUAUGUAA